UUUUUUUUCAUAUAUUUUGACAGAGAAGAAAAAAAUAGAAAAAGUUUAAUUUCUGUUUUUAUUGUGUGGGUGUAGUUUCAGUGUUCGGCCACCAGGGGCGCCACACUAACUGUCAGGACAGACAGUAAACACACCGACCGUUAACGGCUGUGGCUCAACUGUCCGCUAAACUGAGCGGUACACUGGCGGAUUAACGCUACUGAAGGAUAUUAUUUUAUCAAGAAUUAGUCAUAAAGAAGAAUGAACUGCUGAUACUUUCUACUCUGUAAAUAUAUAUAUACUCACACAGAAUCAAUCGGCUUCACAAUGUCAGCCGAGCGGGAGCUGAGCGCUGACGCCGCAGACGACAACAAACUGGUGCGUCCAAAACUGGAGUUCCAGUCUUUGCUGCAACACGCAGGAGCCACUAAAGACGUUUUCACCAUGAAGGAGGUGAUGUUCUACCUGGGUCAGUACAUCAUCCAGAAGCAGCUGUACGACCAGAAGCAGCAGCACAUCGUCCACUGUUCCCAGGAUGCACUGGGGCGGGUGCUGGGCGUCGACAGCUUCUCUGUUAAAGAGCCGAGAGUUUUGUUUGCGAUGAUCACAAAGAAUCUGGUGGCCGUAAAGAACCACGAGUCCCCGCCGAGUUUGAGUGAAGCUCACAGUGAGAGUCAGACGGACAGAGGGACGGCGGAGGCAGACUCAGAGAGUCGCUCUUCAUCGCCCGAGAGGAGAGGGAGGCGGCGGCGGAGGAGGAGGAGCCGCAGGAGCAGCGAGCCGGGCCCCUCCCACAGUUUAGAGGCAGAUGAAGGAGAGGAGGAAGAGGAGGAGGAGGAGGAGGAGGAGGAGGAGGGGAGGAAGAGGAGGCGGUCCGACAGCUACUCCCUGACCUUUGACGACAGUCUGUCCUGGUGUGUGAUUGGUGGACUGGGAAACGUUCGGGACAGACACGGCAGCCAGUCGUCAGACUCGCACAGCACGUCGGGGAGGUCAGAGGUCACGGUUGCAGCCUCAGACUCCGAGAGCGACAACUUCAGCGUUGAAUUUGAAGUCGAGUCGGUCGACUCUGACGACUACAACGAAGACGACGCCUCUCUGUCCGCGGACGACCAGGUGUAUGAGGUGACCAUCUUUGAGGCCGAGGAUGACGACUCAUUCGAUGAAGACACAGAGAUCACUGAAGCUGAUUACUGGCGCUGUUCGAAGUGUGACGAGCUGAACCCACCUCUGCCCAGAAACUGUCUCCGCUGCUGGACGCUGCACCAGGAUUGGCUGCCUGAGGUGUCCCUUGAGAAGUCCGCCUCCUCCAGUCCCAAAGCCCUGCCCCCAAAGCCAACCGACCAAUCAGCAGCCAGAGAAACCACAGGUAACUCGGGCGAGGAGAACGAAGGAGUCGACGUCCCCGACGGGAAAAGAGCGAAGACUCCCGUCCUGUCUCAGUGUCUAUCCGACUCGUCCUCCUCUGCUCCAAACUCCCAGGACCUCCUGUCCUCCUCCCAGCCCUCGUCCUCCUCGUCCUCCCAGCCGAAGCUCUGGACUCUGGACUCCCAGCCCUCGUCCUCCCAGGAGCUCCUCCCGUCCUCCCCCACCUCUCCUCCUCCCCCUCCUCCUCCCGUCGUCCCCGAGCUGGAGCGCUGCUCGUCGGCGGAGUGGCGUCUGCCGGACUCGUGUCUGGACCCGUGUCUCAUCUGCCAGUCCCGGCAGAACGGCUGCAUCGUCCACGGACGCACGGGACACCUGAUGUCCUGCUACGUCUGCGCCCGCAAGCUCAAGAAGAGGAACAAGCUGUGUCCCGUCUGCAGGCUGCCCAUCCAGUCCGUCGUCCUCACUUACCUCAGCUGAGACACGUCUGUCCCUCUGCUGUCCCCAUACAGUCCGUCGUUCUCACCUACCUCAGCUGAGACACGUCUGUCCCCCUGCUGUCCCCAUCCAGUCCCUCGUCCUCACCUACCUCAGCUGAGACAUGUCUGUCCCCUCCCUCUGUCUGUCUUCACCUACCUCAGCUGAGACGUUGUGUCUGUCCCUCUCAUGCAGCAGAUAAAUGUAGGACGAAUGUCUCUCAUCGUUUGGUUUGUCUUUAGUUGAACUCGUCACAUUAACCAGAUUUACAUCAAACAGUAAUUUAGUGAGAAUUUACUAAAUUAAAGUUCAGGGUUUUUUGGUUGUUUUGUUUUGUUUUAUUUUUAUUGAUUGUAUUGGGCGGUGGGGCGGGCAGCUGUCCUUAUUAAUUUUCUCUCUGAAAAGUCCAAAAGCAACAAUCUUUUAGUCCAUGUCACAGGCUCCGUAAUCAACUAGAAAAGUGAGAUUAUGGUUUUUACGUCGGGCUGAAACUACGGAUGAAUUUGCCCAUUUUGUCAAUUAAUUAUUUUGUCUUAUUAUUGUUGGAAAAUGGUUGUAAAUGCACAUUAUUUAAAGGGUAAAUUUAUAGUGAAAAGCAUUAAAAUAUCAUAUUUGAUCAGCUAAACAUUUUAGAUUUAAAAUGAUAAAAACUGGAAGAAAUAGUGUCUUGUUGGGACUAUUUUCAGCGGCGGAUUAAUCCAUAUUUGGGGCAGCAGGACGGUGUCGGGCUUCGGACACAUUUUCUUGUAAAAUGAUGCUUAAACCAAAAUAUUAAUGCAUUUAAUUUUCAUUUUCACCUUUUGUUCUCGGCAGCUUCGGCCGAACGCAUUCACACUUAAAGAAAUGCUCCAAAGUGUGUUUUCUGUCUCCAGAGUCACACGAGGAAACUGCAUCUCAGCUUUUUAAAAGCGAGAAAAUAAACCUGCAAAAAACUUUUGCCUCAUCUGAAUUUGGGUGAUAAAUGUGGGAUUGUUGCCUGACAUCUGCUAACACUGAUUUUAGUAACGUUUUAUUUUAUGGGUCUUUAAUUUAUAUAUAAAUAUUUCCUGGAGAGAAAUUUCUAAUUUGAUUCUAAUUAAAGGAAAAUUUAAUUUCCUCUAAAAGUAAAGUUCUGUUUAAAACCAACUAAAUUUAUCAUUGAUUAUUAUUUUUUAUUUAUAUUAUUAAUCCAGUUUUACUCUCUGAGGAGUAAAAACAAAAGAGUAGAAUACUUAACACAAUUUGGUAUUUAUUGAAAAACAGAAAUUAAAUUCUGUGAAAUAUGUUUUUGCCUUUAAUGAGAAAUAAAUUUGUUUUUUCUCUCCAGGAGACUUUUUGUAAAUGUUUCAGAGAUUAUUCAGAAAUGAUGCGCCCAUGAAAUAAAAUCUUACUGUUCAGUUUAUAGGUUUUAAAUUUCCAUAUUCAAAGUUUCCAGUACAGAAAAAAUGUCAUUUGGUUUUAAUUAUUGUAUAAAGAAAAUAGGAAUUUUCUUUGAAAUGAAAAAAAAAUCCUUAAAGUUGUCUUUAAUUUAUUAUUAAAAUCUGUAUUUGUGUCUUCUCUCUUUAUAAUUAGAACCAGAUGACAUUUUGUUCGUUACUGGAAACUUUCAGGUGAAUUAUUUGGAAAUUAAAGCCCGAAAACUGAAGUGUUACUGGACGUCUUUAUUAUUUAUUGUGUUUAUUUAAGACGCUCAUGUAUAUUUAAGAGAGAGAAACUUUUCUAUGAGCUCUUUAAAUAAGAUGAAUAUAUCAGAUCUCUAAUAUUUUCUGUUAAGAAUUUUCUGUUUACUGAAUAAAGUUUAACUUC